AUGCUACCCUCCGAGAGCGUCGUCGCGAGCGCCUUCUCUCACCACCCGCUGCGUCGGGCUGAAGAGCGUUCGGCUGCUCCGGCACCGAAACAAAGGAACCCUUUCCCCGCAUGGAGCGUUAUUGAUGACCCCAAGAAAUCGGCACAGUCGUUGGCAAAGGAAGCAACACGCGAGUUCAAUGUCGCCAGUGAAAAGGUGCAAGCUAAGACAGGACAUAUCGAACCGUGGACUCCCAAAUACUAUGCGGCUUGUACUGUCGGUGGACUGCUUGCUUGCGGCCUGACCCAUACAGCAGUAACCCCGCUGGACUUGAUCAAAUGUCGGCGACAAGUGGACCCGCUGCUUUACAAGAGUAACGGGGAGGCAUUCCGCAAGAUCCGUGGUGCCGAAGGCUUGAGAGGCGUCUUCACUGGCUGGAGUCCUACCUUCUUCGGAUACAGCGCGCAAGGAGCGUUCAAAUACGGUGGUUACGAGUACUUCAAGAAGUUCUACAGCGACUUGGUCGGUGCCGAAAAUGCCAAUCGCUGGAAGACCUCCGUGUACCUGGCAGCUAGUGCCUCGGCUGAGCUCAUCGCAGAUGUGGCUCUCUGUCCUUUCGAAGCCGUCAAGGUGCGCACGCAGACCACGAUCCCGCCGGAAUUCAGGUCAACCUUUGGCGGAAUCUCCAACAUUGUCUCGAAGGAGGGCGUGGCAGGCCUCUACAAGGGUCUGUAUCCUCUCUGGGGUCGUCAGAUUCCUUACACGAUGAUGAAGUUCGCUUCUUUCGAAACCAUUGUGGAGAUGAUCUACCAUUACCUGCCCGGUCAGAAAUCCGACUACAACAAGGGUGCCCAGACAGGUGUUGCUUUCACUGGUGGUUAUUUGGCCGGUAUUCUCUGUGCCAUUGUGUCCCACCCUGCCGACGUGAUGGUGAGUAAAUUGAAUGCCAACCGUCAGGCGGGCGAGGCUUUCGGUGCAGCCACCAGCCGGAUCUACAAGGACAUUGGGUUCAAGGGCCUGUGGAACGGUCUUCCUGUCCGAAUUGUCAUGAUCGGAACUUUGACCGGACUGCAAUGGAUGAUAUACGAUUCAUUCAAGAUCUUCAUGGGCCUUCCGACCACCGGUGGAGACCCCCACCAGCGUACAGCCCCACGAUUCAUCAUGGGCGAACAUGAACCUGUCGUAUCCCAUGGCCGAGGAGGCCAAGGAAAUAUCGGCGCCGACUCUACUCCCUACGUCGAUGGCGGUAUAGUCCGUGAAGGAGUCUACGGGGACCAGGGUGAUGGCGCCUAUUCUGCCGGUCGAGGCGGUGCGGGCAACAUCGGCUCUCCACACGUCCGUCCGAUGGGCAAAUCACCCCACGACGCGGAAGUGGUUCCCGAGCUCGCAAUCCGCAAUUCCGGCGAGGGAGAUUACCACGUUGGGCGCGGCGGCCAAGGCAACGUGCACCUCGACGAAGAGCACAAGAAAGAGAAAGAGGAGAAGAAACAUCAGAAGUCGCUGGCUCAUGAGGGCUUGGCUGAUAAACUGAAACAUAAAUUGCUGGGGAGGAAGUGA